CCUCCUCCCGCCGCACUUUGCAGACGCUCCCUUACUCGCUCGGCUCGCUCGUUGUCCUGAGCUGCUGCCUGUCACUGUGGCUGGGACGCUGUGCUGCGGAUGCGGCCACAGGAGCAAGCUUUCAACAGAGCAGCUAUCGGGAUAGCUGAAGAAAGGUUAGGUCUUCAGAGCUAUUUCCGGGUGAACAGGUAGCUGUGUGGAAGCUGGACCCCUAAGCAUCAUCCUGGCUCAGGUUGGUAGUAUCUGUCCCACCCGGGGACGGAGGACAAUGAGUGAGCAGCAGCAGCAACGAACAACUACGGGUAGAGGACGCUGUGGAACUAGAGCCAAGCAAGUGAAGGAAGACAAUGAAGCUUAUGAAAUAUCGAUCCCUUUGGAUGAGCCACACCAGAUGGAGUCUCAGGCGCAAACCCAGCAGCAGCUAUAUUAUGGUCUGAGCCCCCCACAGAACUUUGAUGAAGCGCCCGAGAUGCCAGCUCCUUCGCUGACCCUGGUGACCAGUAUGAGGACCCAGCUUCACAUGGCUCUGGAGAGGAAUUCCUGGCUGCAGAAGCGUAUUGAGGAUCUGGAGGAAGAACGGGACUUCCUGCGUUGCCAGCUGGACAAGUUCAUCUCCUCUGCCCGCCUGGAUGCUGACGAUCACUUCCGCAUCAAGCAACCCCUGCGGCGGUCCGAGGCAUCUGAGAGCCGGAAUGGGGACGUGACCGAUGAUGACAGCAUGGGUUCUUGGCUGAGUGCUGGCCCUGAAGAAGGAGGCUCUGCUGAGCACAAGAAGCAGAAAGGAGGGGCUAACCGGCGGCGCUUUGUCAAGCCCAAAGUCCGCGAGAGGCAGAGAGUCAAAGACGUGGACGGGGUGCUGUGUCGCUACAAGAAGAUCCUGUACACGUUCCAGAAGCUGCAGAGCAUGAGCCGGGCCUUCGAGCACCACCGGGUGGACCGGAACACGGUGGCCCUGACCACGCCCAUCGCCGAGCUGCUCAUUGUGGCCCCUGAAAAGUUGGCCGAGGUGGGCGAAUUUGACCCCUCCAAGGAGCGCUUGCUGGAGUAUUCCCGCCGCUGCUUCAUGGCGCUGGAUGACGAGACGCUCAAGAAAGUCCAGGCCCUAAAGAAAAGCAAACUGCUGCUGCCCAUCACUUACCGCUUUAAGCGGAAAACGGACUCUCCCAGCCCUGCCGCGGGCAACCCCCUCCCCUCGCCUGCGACGCCCCCCAAGCCGCUUCUCCCCAUUGUGGAUUGCUUAAAGCGAUGAUCACUCUCCUUGGAUGCUGGAACCCCACCUGACCGGUAGUGUUCCCUGUGACGAGGGGUUCCCAGGUGGUGUUGACGACAACUCCCGGCAUCUCCAGCUGAAAUGGCCUUUGGCUGGGGAUUAUGGCAGUUGUCGUCAACAGUAUCUAGGGAUCCCUGUUACAAGGAAUGCUGCAGACCAGCCCUUCAGCCUCUGUCACCAUCAAGUAUUGACCAAGCUCCCGCCUUGUUUGCAGGGCUCUUCUGCCCUUCCUGUCACCCCUCCACCCCCCAUUUCCCGAAGCUGAAUAGAGACCCUGCAUUCAGGGUUGGCUCACCCCUAAGGCAAGUGGGAUGCUUUCUCCUGAUGUAUCUCCUCUUUAGGGAGGGUCACCUGACCAGACACUCCCAUCUGGACUUCAGCUGGUAAAUACGCCCCAGGAACUUUGGGAUGAAUAUCUCCUCGCCUGUCUGAGGUAGGCUGGUAUACUUGCCAUUCGCCUACCUACUUUUUGGCAGUGGCCAAAUAUUCUAUGAAGCCAAGACCAUUACAGUGUAGGUAGCAGCUUACCCUUUUCAUUAUGGCAGGGCUGCCAACUUGAGUCCUCAUCAUCCCGGAGCGUGGCCCCCUGUGGCUGGGGGUGAUUGGAGGGCUGAAGUUGUGACGCCCUGGGCUAUAAACAGCAGCAAAGUAUGCAAGCCAGGACAUCCUGGUUUUUUCUGGAAGAGAGAACGAAGUGGAUAAGAGAGGAGGAAACACAGGGAGUCAUAUAAGAAACUGCUGGGCCUUUAAUAAGAUUUGGACAGAAUGGAGGAGGACACACUAUAUGGUGGCCAUUUGUUAGGAAGGGCAUGAGUGAAGGCUGCUUGUCACCUUGCCCUGCCAGAAUCAGGAGCUGAUGGCCAACCUGCUACAGAUGCAGGAGCAGAAUGCAAGCAGGCCUCGGUGGCCAGGGGUCCCUGCCUGGGAUUGUGGCUGACGCCCUCUUGCUUGCUGCAGGAAUCGAGAGUACCCUCCCUGUGUGAUCUGGUGGUCUUCUCGGUAAAGACCUUGCAUGGGAUUCAACUUGGGUCAAGGGAAAAAGUUGUUGGGUGAACGGAAGGUCCUGUUUGAAGUAAAACAAAAAACAUAAGAUACUGCUGCAAGUGAGAUAUUAAAUUAUGGACACUUUGGGGAAAGCCAAAAUCAUUUGUUAAGGAACAAAUGAUGAUGGCACUACAACUCCCGUCAUCUGCAGCUAUUGUGGCUGGGCAUGAUUGCAGCUGUAGUCCAACAACAUCUGGGGACCCGAGCUUGAGAACCCCUGAAGUAUCUUUUUGCUUGGUUGUUUGAAUAAAGUUAAUGCCUGCCUGUACUGAACCAAAUGGCCAGUCCUAACAUCUGGCAAAAUGACUGGCUAGAGGGGAAAUGAAAGGAACAGGAGUUAAUAGAAUAGUGCAGGGAUGGCCAAACUGAGGUUCUCCAGUUGUUGUUGGACUACAGCUCCCAUCAUUCCCAGUUACAAGUGAUUGUGGCUGGGGAUGAUGGGAGCUGUAGUCCAACAGCUGCUGGAAAACCUCAGGUUGGCCGCCCUGGAAUAGAGUAUCCCACAUCCAAAGGUAAGGUGCAGCAAUGAGCAGGCUGCUUGUGAGCGGCCGUAGAACUAGAGUGACACGGGUAAGGUUGCCAGAUCCUCACGUGGAGAUGGUACCUGCAGUCUUGCAAAUAACUAGCCCAUAAAUCUUCAUCACACUGUCUUCCCAUGCAUAACUUGACGUUAGGGUACGUCAUUAUCCUGAAGGGACAGGAAAAAGGGCUGGCAGAAGUGUCCCUGCCUCAGUGCUUGGUGGCCAUUUCUACCAGCCGUAGGUGGGUGGCUGUUGGCUAGCAUGUUUUAGCAGCUCCGGAGCAGUGAGCAAGGACGUAGAUGUGGCGCUUCUUUAAAAGUGUUGUGGACAGAGGAUGCCCUCCCUGAACAUCUCACCUUACUGCUGCACCCUCCUCUCCAGUCUACUGUUCUGUGGGAAAGGGCUAAACCCAGGAGGGCAGAGAGGAGAUGAAGUUACUGAACAGACUUCUCUUUUCUGAGCCUUUAAUAGACGCUGUUGGUAUUUUCUCUUCUUUCUGCCUUUUUGUGGCACUCUUCCUAGAUUGGGGGGAUUGACUGCAGCCUCCAGCUGCCUCCACACACUUUCCUGUUGUUUCCCAAAGAUAUCCCCAUGAUCCCACAGCAUCUCUUACCUCAUGGUUGUCCCAAGAAGCAUCGUUGGACACUAUCUGCCCUCCCUUUCAUAACUGUUGUGCCCUUCAAGGUCCCCAAGCUGGGCUCCGUUUCACUGGCAAUUUUAUGCCAUUUACACACCACCACCCGCCCCUUUGCUCCCUGAGACAGGGUGUGUGUGUCUGCGUGUUCACAUGUGUUCAUCUUCACCUCUGUGGCUUCAAGCUGCUGCUGUGUGUGCGAGUGUGCAAGGAUUUGGAUCAUUUGUUCCCUGCUCCUUGGGAGUGCUGCCUCCUUAUUCAAUGUAAUUAAUGGACUGUUUCCACUGUGCCUGUAAUUUCUCACCCAGUCUUUUUUCCCUGUGUUUUAAAAUAUAUAUAUAUAUAUAUAUAUAUAAAAGAAAAUGUUUGAAAAAAAUCAAUUUACUAAGAAAAUUUAAAUUAAACAAAGCAUUUUGAA